AUGUCUGAAGACUCCUCAUCGUCGGAACUCAGUGAAAUUGAAAUUAAAUUACUGGAUUUAGCGAAAUCUAAUCCAGAUGGAAUAUCCAACGAUGACAUUAAGAAACAAAUACCCGACGUUCCUCUGACUGAAAUAACCGCAAUAAUCAACAAGUUUCUUAGAAAUGGCACGUUCGACUUGUUUAAAACCAAAGACAAUUUACUAUACAAAUACAAAGAUCCUUCGAAUAAAUCAACCGUUAAGGGAGCGGAUAGUGAAGAAAAGGUCGUUUACAAAAUAAUCGAAGAAGCAGGCAACAAAGGUAUAUGGAUAAGAGACAUUAGAUUUUCUUCUAAUUUAAACAUGACCCAAUUAAACAAAGUAUUAAAAAGCUUGGAAACCAAGAAGCUCGUGAAGGUCGUGAAAUCCGUAUCGGCGAGUAAAAAGAAAGUCUACAUGCUCUACGAUCUGGAACCGGACAGUUCCGUUACGGGCGGUGCUUGGUACCAAGAUCAAGACUUCGAGUCGGAAUUCGUCGAUGUUUUGAACCAACAAUGCCACAGGUACCUCGUCGAAAAGCUCGAGGAGGCCAUGAAGAAACCGGGCGGCCCUUUACUAGCUAGGAACAGAAGCUACGCUACGGCUAAUGACGUGCACAAGUUCAUAUCGGAGUUGGGCAUAAGUAAAGUAUCGUUGACGGUUGAUGAUAUCGAAAGUAUAUUGUAUACGGUGGUUUUGGACGAUAAAGCGGAGAGAAUUAAGGCGGCGAACGGUUCUAAUUUGUAUAAAGCGACCAAUAGGUUUCUGCCGUCGUCUGGUAUAGUUAAAAUAACCUGCGGGAUUUGUCCUAUUGCGAAUAGAUGCGCCAAUACCGGUUCGAUUAAUCCGAAAGCUUGUAGUUAUUUAAGCGAGUGGUUAAAUCAGUGA